AGUGCAUCUAACCUUUUUUUCCCCAGGAGUUCAACAAUUACCCCUGUGGCACAGAUUUUUUUUUUAGUCUUUUUUUUUAACUCGUUUUAAUUCAAAUUGCAUUCAAAUUGCCGUCCGCUUGGCCCUCCUUUAAUGUUGGUGUUUCUGCAAGACGUCCGUGCCUCCGCGCUGCCUCGCGUUCAUCCGGCAGAGGAGAGGAGCUCGCGUCCGGGGACACAAUGAAGCAGUGUGUCCUUGUCCGGCACAAUGCAGCAAGAUGCAACUGAGGGGACGAAACGGUUUCUCACAAGAUCAGGGACGUUUUUGCUCGAUUGCAGAGAGAGAUCAGCUAAAGAAUUAAGCUUUCGUCUCUGCAUGGCAAGCUAUGGCCAGCACCCAGACUAGACUUUAGACAAAUCCAGGACUCAAGAAUGAAGACCAAAUAUGCAAUUGCCUUCAUCUUUAUCGUGGCCCUGGUCGUCAUCGAAAAGGAAAGCAACAUCCUAUCAAUGGUCUCUGAUAAACUGAUCCCGAGGCAGAUUCCACUGCAGACCCCACAGCCUCCACUGGAUUACAGCAACACAACACAAAAUGGCUCCCUGGCUACGUUGCUCAAAAUGCUGCUCUAUAAACUCACUGAUGCAAAACUGAAUAACUCAAGUCUCUCCGAGGAGCAAGAGGAGCAAAAACUAGAUGCUUUAGGCACAUCCAACUUUAGCGGUGGCCAUAAGCACAUAUUACUCAUGGCUGCCACCCGAACAGGUUCCUCAUUUGUGGGGGAAUUUUUCAACCAGCAGAGGGACAACAUGUUCUACAUGUUUGAGCCUUUGUGGCACGUCGAGCGCACGCAGAGCUUGGCCGAUGAAGCAAUCCCCGGAACAGAGUUGGCAGAAGUCCACCGGGAUGUACUCCAGGGGCUCUUCCUGUGUGAUUUCUCUCCCCUGGAGAAGUUCAUCUUUCCCCCACCUCAGGACCACGUUACCCCCGAUCUUUUCCGAAGAGAGUCUAGUUCAUCGCUCUGCGAAGAAUCUGUCUGCAGUCCCGUAAUCAAAGAUGUCUUGGAAAGGUAUCACUGUAAGACUCGUCGCUGUGGGCCGCUGAACUUGACCCUUGCAUCCGAGUCCUGCCUCUCCAAGCAACACCACACCAUUAAAACUGUCCGUGUACGUCAGCUGGAAACAUUGCAGCCUUUGGUAGAGGAUCCCCGCCUGGAUGUGAGAGUGAUCCAGCUAGUCCGAGAUCCACGGGCCAUCUUAGCAUCCCGCAUGGUGGCUUUUUCUUCGGAGUACCAGACGUGGAAGGCCUGGGCACAGGACGGCCUGGUCCCCGAUGAUGAUGAGAGAGUGAAGAGGCUCAAAGGAAACUGCGACCAGAUUAGGACGUUAGCAGAGGUGGGACUAAGCAAACCUCCCUGGCUGAAGAGACGCUAUAUGUUGGUGCGUUAUGAGGAUAUCGCCCGCUACCCCAUGCAGAAGGCAGAGGAGAUGUACAGGUUCACAGGGAUACCAUUUAGUCCCCAAGCUAGGGAGUGGAUACUGAGUAACACCCAGACCACACAGGAAGUUAGCGGGAUUUACUCCACCCAGAAGAACUCAUCAGAGCAGGCAGAGAAAUGGAGAUCUAGCAUUCCCUUUACACUGGUUCAGGUAGUGCAGAGAGUGUGUGGUCCUACCUUGAAGCUGUUUGGGUACAGAUUUGUGGAUGAUGAAAAGACACUGAUCGAUAAGUCCAUCAGUUUGCUUGAAGAUAAACUAUUUAAUUAA